GCGAGAUCGCGCGGGAAAGGGGCGGGGUCCAGGUGCCACGUCGGGCUGGAGCUGGAGGGAACGGAGCGCGCGGACGGAGCCAUCGGUUGACCCGUCUCCCCUCCCUGGGGCGAUGGCGGCCGCUGCCCGGACGCGAGGACUCGGCGCUGCCAUCGCUGCCGUGCUGGUCCUCUGCCUGCUGCUGGCCCCCACCGCCUCGCACGAGGGUGGCCACUCGCACGAGGGGAUGUACCACGGGCACGGCCACUCGCACGAGGACCUCCACCACGGCCACUCACACGAGGGGAUGUACCACGGGCACGGCCACUCGCAUGAGGACCUCCACCACGGCCACAGCCACUCUCAUGAGGGCAUGUACCAUGGCCACAGCCACUCGCACGAGGACCCCCACCACGGCCACGGCCACUCACACGAGGGCAUGUACCACGGCCACGGCCACUCACACGAGGACUUAUACCACGGCCAUCACGGCCACUCACACGACGACCUGCACCACUCCCAUGGCCACUCGCACGAGGACGCGUACCACGGGCAUCACGGCCACUUGCACGAGGACCCCCGCCCCGCCCCCCACAGCCCCUCGCACGAGCGUUUCCCCCCGAAUCCUUCCAAACCCUCGCCGCGGACGGACACGACGACACUGUGGAUGCACACCAUGGCGGCCACCCUGGUGAUCAGCGCCGCGCCGUACCUCGUCCUCUUCCUCAUCCCGGUGGAAUCCAACGCCCCCCGGCACCAAGUGCUCCUCAAGUUGCUCCUCAGCUUCGCGGCGGGGGGGCUGCUGGGGGACGCCUUCCUCCACCUCAUCCCCCACGCCCUCGCGCCCCACGCGCAUCACGGCGACGGCGGCCACGCGCACGUCGAGCCGGACGGUCACGGUCACUCGCACCACGGCCAGGAGCACGCCCGCAUGUUGACGGUGGGGACGUGGGUGCUCGCCGGCAUCGUCGCCUUCCUGGCGGUGGAGACCUUCGUCCGUCACGCCAAGGGCGGUCACGGCCACGGUCACAGCCACGGUCACGGGGUCAAGGCCAAGAGCAGCUCCAGCGAGGGCGAGGAGGAACCGGGGCGGCGGGAGAGGACGGCCACCAAGGGCCACCGCGGCAAGGGCCGGCCGGCGGGGGGGACGGAGGAGUCGGCCACCAUGGAGGUGUCGGGGUACCUGAACCUGGCGGCCGACGUGGCGCACAACUUCACCGACGGUUUGGCCAUCGGCGCCUCCUUCCUGGCGGGGCCCGGCCUGGGCGCGGUGACGGCGGUGACGGUGCUGCUGCACGAGCUGCCCCACGAGGUCGGGGACUUCGCCAUCCUCGUCCAGUCGGGCUGCAGCAAGCGCAAGGCCAUGCGGCUGCAGCUCCUCACGGCGCUGGGGGCCGUCGCCGGCGCGGCCUGUUCCUUGUUGGCGGAGGGCGCGGGCGCGGCGGCCAUGACGGGCAUCCUGCCCUUCACCGCCGGCGGCUUCAUCUACGUGGGCACCGUCUCCGUCAUCCCCGAGCUGCUCCGCGACGCCGGGCCCUUCCAAUCCCUCUUUCAACUCUUGGGGUUACUGGCCGGCGUCGCCAUGAUGGCGGCCAUCGCUCGCUACGAGUAGGGAACGUCGAAACGUCGCCGCGUACCCCGAAUUUUUUGGGGGGUUCGGCCCGUUCUGGACUCUCUGGAUCGAAGUGGGGGUGCGGCGGCUCCUCGGAUUUUUUUUUUGGGGGGGUGUGUCUGUGUGAUGAGGGGGGAAGAGGGACCAAGCAGGGUGGAUUUUGUGUUGUUUUUUUUUUUUUAAAAAGCGGAUUGUGGCUUUGAUUAAUUAAAGCGUAAAGGCUGAGAUGAGAAA